AUGCCUCGAUUGAUCUUCGGUCUUUCAUUACUCGCCUCCUUGGCUAAUCUGGUCGCUGCCGAUGGAUUGUUCAUCGGUUGUACCAGCUCAUAUCCCUAUAACGAUGAGAGCUUGAAGUUCGCCUCUGGUACUUACAGUUCCGGUGCUGCCUGUGCUACUGCAUGUACAGGGUACACUUACAGCUAUAAAUUCUACAAUGGACAAUGUGCUUGCUCCAACACUGGUCCUACCGCCUCAAAUAUAGCAGCUGGUGAUGAAGAUACCUGUGCGCAAACGGGUAGAAUCGAAGCCGACAUCGUCAACACCAGUUUCGAUUCGACAGCUUGUUAUGAUGCCGAAGAUUUCUACCUUGGAGCUUCGGACUUUCCUGGAUUAUACUCUGUCACCGAUCCUAAGCAGUGUUUGGCCAACUGCGCCACUGACCAUCUGGCUGUAAUGCAAGCUGAGGGCUCGAGUGGCUGGUAUUGCGGAUGUGCGUCUUCGACGACAGCGACGGCCAGUACAUGCACCACCAAUAGUUAUUUUGUUUUCAAUCACCCAGCCGAUGCCACUGCUUCCGGUCUUGCUCGACGACACCCUCGUGAAGCCCUCGACAGCGCGAAAAGAGCUCAACAAGACCAAUGUCCAGGAAAGAUGACAGCCUGUUUGGUACCAGGUCUUGAACAAAACGAUGCGUGGGAGUGUAUCGAUACACAAAACGAUCUUGAAUCAUGUGGUGGUUGCAUUCAUGGAGCUUAUAACAAUGCCACUGCUUCAGUGGGUGUCAGCUGCCUCAAACCAGGUGUCAAGCUGGGUGCGGCCACCUGCGUUGCUGGUCAAUGUUUAGUCUCAGAGUGCAAAGAUGGACUUAAGCUUGUCAACAACGAAUGUGUUUCCCAAGCUUACCAGUAG